AUGCUGCACGACCUCCUGCAACGCGUUCUCCAGCGCUUGCCAGAAGACUCCAGCGAGGUUCAACUCCAAGACCUGCGUGGACAGCUGGCAGCAGAGCGCUCCCGCAAUGCCAACCUCGAACGCCAAAAGCAGCGUCUCGAAGAACGAGUCGAGGAGCUCGUCGACCAACACCAAGAGCUCGUGACAAAAGUCCUGCAGUUGACGCCCUCUGUGCCCGCUUCAAACCAGACUGCGUCCACUGCCAUCCAAGAAUCUACAAGCGCAGCUCGCUCCAUGGUCAAGGUACCCACACACUCCGGCGGGGCCCAGCCGGACCUACCAGGAAAACGUGCCGGACCCGCCUACACCUCGGAUCCGCGUUCCGAGCUCAACUUGGGAGGCGUGAACGACACAGGAGAGGAAAGCUAG